AUGCCUGCCAAGAAGUCAGAGCCCAAGGCAGCAGCCAAGCCAGCAGCGGCCCCAGCAUCACCGGCUCCAGAGGCAGGUCCUGCACCUCCUGAAGCCCCAGCUGCUUCUCCUGCCCCACCAGCUGCUUCUCCUGCCCCACCGGCUGCUUCUCCUGCCCCCCCGGCUGCUUCUCCUGCCCCUCCAGCAGCUUCUCCUGCUCCCCCGACAGCUUCUCCUGCCCCUCCAGCAGCUUCUCCUGCCCCUCCAGCAGCUUCUCCAGCUCCUCCGGCCGCUUCUCCUGCCCCUCCGGCUGCUUCUCCUGCCCCUCCAGCUGCUUCUCCUGCCCCUCCAGCUGCUUCUCCUGCUCCCCCAGCCGCUUCUCCAGCUCCUCCAGCUGCGUCUCCUGCUCCUCCGGCCGCUGCUCCUGCCCCAGUAGCCCCUGCUCCUGCCCCUGCCUCGGCUGCCCCUGCCCCAGAGCCACCAAAAGCCCCGAAGAGCGCCGCUCCACCUGUGAGUGUAGACUUCAGUGCUGAUCAGAUUGAAGAGUUCAAAGAGGCCUUCCAGCUUUUUGACCGGACCCCAACAGGAGAGCUUAAGAUCUCGUUUGCCCAGUGUGGAGACGUGAUGCGGGCUUUGGGUCAGAACCCAACAAAUGCAGAGGUCCUACGAGUGCUGGGGAAGCCCCAGUUGGAGGAAAUGAACACCAAGCUGAUUGACUUUGAAACCUUCUUACCUAUGCUUCAACAAGUCUCAAAAUCCAAAGACACGGGCACAUUUGAAGACUUUGUUGAGGGACUUCGUGUUUUUGACAAAGAGGGAAAUGGAACUGUUAUGGGAGCUGAGCUUCGCCAUGUUCUGGCCACUCUCGGUGAGAGGAUGACAGAGGGAGAAGUUGACCAAGUGCUGGCUGGACAGGAGGACCCUAAUGGCUCUAUCAAUUAUGAGGCCUUUGUCAAGCAUAUUAUGGCUGGCUGAACAAACCUUCAAGAGACAUAGAUGAGUCUUCUUUUGGAGUCCAAUGGAUAUAUGACAGUGUGACAGUACGAGG